AUGGUUUACGGAAACACCAAUGGAGUCCAAGAUGAAGACCAUGAAGACACAUCUCAUACAUGGGAGACUACAGCUCUAAGAGUUGUAAGAGAUAGAAAAGUUAUAAACGCAACUGCAGGAAAUUUAAGAGGCGUUGUCAUCAGGCUUACUUGGGUUUAUGGAAAAAGUUGUGUUGAUCAAUGGAUAAGAGCUUGUAAGUCCCACAAUAAAAUUGUUGCUCUUAAAGGAAAUAAUCAUAUUGGUUUUAUACAUCAUGAAGAUUUAGCCGAUAUGUAUAGAAUCCUUAUAGAAAUCGGGCUUUUGGGGUAUUUAAUGGGACUGAGCCAGAAGCUGUACCUAUUGAAACUGUAA